AUGAGACUUCUAAUGUCUUCUUCAAAUCAACAUGAUGGUGAAAUAAACAGAUUUGCUAAUAUUGGUUCUGCUGUUGGUGAUGAGUCAGAAGUUAAUAUUCCAAAUGAUCUGCUAAUUACAACUGUUGAUGACCCCCUCUCAUUUGGUUUAUGCAACGGGAUAAGGUUAAUAGUUAACGAACUUGACAACAACAUAAUUGGAGUGACGGUAGUGACCGGUAGAAAUAUUGGCAACAAAGUGUACAUUCCAAGAAUGAACUUGGUCCCUUCAAAUUCAGGAUUGCCAUUUAAGUUCCAACUGAGACAAUUUUCAUUAACAGUGUGCUUUGCAAUGACCGUCAACAAGAGUCAAGGUAAAUCAUUAUCGCAUGUAGGCCUUUACUUGCCAAAAUCAAUGUUCACCCAUGGAUAA